AUGGAUUAUCAAAAUAGAGCCGGUUCCAAGAAGGGAUCAGGUGGUAUAGCUUCACAAGCACUUCAAAAUAGAGCACAAAGGAAAAGAGUUGAUGAUUUACUCACUGAAGGUUUAAAUAUUCCAUAUUCAUUUGAAACUAGAGAGAAUAUUAGUGAAGGAAAUGAUAAAGAUCAAACAAGUCAGGCACAGGCUAAUCCCUAUAUUUAUAAAAACAAUAACGGUAAAUUGGUUUGCAAGUUAUGCAAUACAAUGCAUGUCUCCUGGACGAGUGUACAAAGACAUCUGGGAGGUAAAAAGCACGGCAUUAAUUUAAUGAACAGAGAUUUAAAUAACAAUGAUCAUUCAGAUCUAGAAAAUAUUAAAAAUCCUAAGCAAGAACAAAUCGACAUACUUCGGAAGAAUAUCAAAACUAUAAAAGGCAUAGUCCCCAUUGUUAAACUAAUAAACGUAAAAGAUGCACAAGAUAGAUUUGGCUUUGCCAUUCAAGUGGAUUACUCUCAAAAAGUUGAUACUGAAGAAGCAGGAGUAAUAAAUACAAAUCAAAACUUCCCACCAAUGGUACGAAUAAUCUCCAACUUAGAAAUGAAAAAUACAAGCAAGAAGCAAGAUAAAAAAUAUCUAGUCAUUUCAUAUCAACCGUUUGAAAACAUCUCUAUCGAAAUUCCCUCUGAUAAGGAUAUUUUCUUACCUUAUAAACACCAGCCUGAAGGAAAUUAUAAGAUAGAUGCUGCUAUUGAUUCAUUGAAUGAGUCUUGCACUUUCUGGAAUGUGAAUUCAAAGGUUCUUUUAUACGCAACUUUUUUUUCAAUAAACCCUGGCCAUUUGUGGUCCAAUUCUUAG